GAGCCAGACAGACGCUUGGUGGAACAAGCGCUUUCUUCACGAUGGCGAAGGGUGGGACUACUUUACUGUCUGCCGACAGGUAUCGUCUUGCUUUACAGCGCGAUUCCCUUUCCGCUGUACCCAUCUACGAAGCAUGACGGAGUUACGACAGACUUCUGGUUCUUUUUGUUUGUGUUUUAUGGCAUCUACAAUGCCGUCGGGCUGUUGUACAUUACGAAGCUAUUCAAUCUCAUCUCAGUGAAUUGGUGGCCUGAGGAGCUUGGUGUCUUCUCCUUUCUGCUCUUCUGGUCGGCUUCUAUCGGCGUCGGGAGCCUUCUAUAUCUCAUCAAGGACGACUGGGGCACAUGGACCCUUACAUGGUCAAUGCUCACCCUUUGUACACUCUGCCUGCCCGUCAUUGCUGGGUUCUUGUCCAUCCACAGAGUGCAUUUAGAGCGAGCGCAAUCAAGAGGCGAUCUGACGCUUGCACAACAAAAGCGCAUACCUUUCCUGGCUGGUAUUGAUGUACAUGUCCCUCAGAGUUACAAGCGAUUCCUCUGGUUCGUCGUUGUGCUAGCUAUCGGUCUCGGAUCAUUUGCGAUGGGCGAAACUUAUGCCUACAUCUGGUUGUCUACGCUGCCGCAUUCUUCGGCCGACGUACUGCUCUACGUCUACGUUUGGGUGGCUUGCAUUUAUGUCCUUGACUCGCUGACGUCCUUUAUUAUUGAGGCCAAGAUCGAAUGCUACCCGCUAAACUUUAUGUUUCGCCUAUACUAUGCCUUGACGCAUCAGAUCUAUGUUCGGAACCUAUACGCUCGUCUGCGCUCGCCGCAGCAAUUUGCAGUCGUCCAAGGCGCUUCAAGCUUCAUCACUGUCAUCAUCGCACCCGUCGUCAUGACUUCUAUCGUUCACCGGCUGGUCAAAUGGGCAACGCGGUCGGACAUUGACCUAGAGCAAUACCGGAAAAACUCUGCUCGCGGAUUCUAUCUCAAGACAUGGGCAGCAAAUACAACCAUGUUGGCGUUCCUCGGCUGGGUGACAAUACUGCAUUUUGGUUCCAACAAGGCUGCAUUCCCUUAUUACGACUUUGCUCGUGAUGGCGAAGCCUAUUCGUGGGAGUUGACUUUCAUUGCGUCCGGAGCUGUCUGGUGUUGUGAGAUUCUCAGCUGUUGGAUCGCACGACGCAUCAUGCAGUAUUCAUUUGACCUCAAUGUCGACAAGACCAUGCAAGAAGAUCUUAAAACAUUUCCAGAUCUCUUGCCGGCUGGAAUCGUACUCACGGUGUUUGUCUUGAUGAAUAUCCUAAUGAGCACGGUGCACUUGAGUUUC